AUGUCGCUCCGCCUCGUGCUGCUCCGCCGCCUUAGCACCACUUCGACCCGGCUUGCCGGCCACUCCAAGUGGGCCAACAUCCGCCACGACAAGGCGAAGAACGACGCCAAGCGGCUGAAGCUCGCGUACCAGCUCGCGACCAAGAUCGAGACGCUGGUGCGGAUGGGGGGCGCCGACGCCAACGCCCUGUUGGACACGUUGGUGGAAAAGGCGAAGAAGAUGAGCAUCACCAAGAAAGUGAUCGAGCUGGCGAUCAAGCGCGGGUUGGGCGAGAUCGCCCGCGACGGGCCCCUGCUCGCCGAGGUCACCUACGAGUUCGUCGGCCCCCACGGGGUGCUGUUUGUCGUCGUCGCCAACACCGACAACAAGGCGCGCACGGUGUCCCAGGUCAAGAACGCCAUGGGCAAGAUGGGCGCCAAUUUGAGCCCGUGCAUGUACUUGUUCCAGCGCAAGGGCGAGGUGAUCUUUGACCCCAAACCCGACGAAACCGUCGACGACGUCGUCGAUGUGGCCAUCGACAUCGGCGCCGAGGACGUCGACGAGUACCACGACGCCGACGAGUACGGCGACGCCCGCUUGUUCCGCGUCGUCACCGACCCGCUGGACCUCCACCACGUCGCCAACGCCCUCAGCGGGCGCGGGUACAAGUUGCGCGACCUGCGCACCAGCUACAUCGCCGACGCCGCCAGCGUCGUCGACGUCCCCGACGACUUCGGCAAGCCCCUCGCCAAGGCGCUCGACGAGUUGGACAACGUCCCCGACGUCGUCGACUACUACAGCAACAUCCGCGACUAA